CUUUUUAUGAAUGAAUGAAUGUAAUAAUAACAAAACCCAAAAGACCAGUACCAUUGCGCCAUUACAGCAUCAGAGUUCACUGUUCUUUUUCCUUUCUCUCUCGCCGGGAAACUCAGGUACUUCUCUCCGACCGAUCAUUGCUACUUGUUUGUUCAUGCAUGGAUCUGGAUGGUGGUGUAUUAUUGAAUUGUAACCUAUCUAUGUUAGCGACUUCAAGUCAUACAACCGUUUACGCGUAGAGUUACUUGAUUGCUCAGAUUGUGAUCGUGAUAUUGAGAAUCUGGCACACUCACAAGUCACAACUCUGGAGAAGUGUUUAUUUUUUUAAUUCAAAGGGGAAGUAUUUUGACCUAGUAACAAUUUGAAAAGCAAAAGUGGCAGUAUACUGAAGCUUUAGUUGGCAAUCAAAGAGAACGUUCUAACUGGUGAUGCAGUAGUUGUGCUCUUGUCGAGCUGUGCAGUUGCGGUUCAGCUAACUUGCCCUGUUCUGUGAUGGUAUUGAGUAUUUGAGUAUCAACGAGGCAAAGCCUUCCUUCCUUCAUGAUGGUCACUGCAGCAGCUAUUGGACUUGGUGCUGGAGAAAGGCUUCUUUCCUCCUCCUUUUCUUAUUCUGAUGUUGCAGAAAAGUUGUCAUGCAGCAGCGAUUUCACCUUUCCGUGCAAUCAGGUUGUUUAUGUAAAGAGCGUAAUAAUUGCUAAGAAAUCCUCCAACUAUAGCCCUGGCUCUCUUUCCAGUCGUCGAAUCCGUUCCAUCAAGGCUCUUAAGGAGCACGUGGACAUUGCACUUGAUACUCCCAACAUGGAGCCCUGGGAUCAGAGAUUCUCUGAGUUGCUAAAUGAAAGCUCUGAUGGGGUAGAUCAUGUAGAGGCUCUCCUCCUGUUGCAGAAGUCUAUGCUGGAAAAACAAUGGAAUCUUUCAGCUGAAAAGAUGAUAACUUAUGUGCCAAAGGAAGAUAAUUCUAAGAAAGUUCAGGUCACAUGUUCAGGGACCUCUGCUAGACAGAGGAGAAUAGGUUCUCGACAGAAAGUUGUUGAUCGUAAAAGUCCUGUCAUACGAAUUAGUACGAGCAAGAGAGGGAGAUCCAUUAUUGGCACAGAGGUGCUUCAUAAUCGCUUAAUAAAAGGCUAUGUUAAGGGUGUUGUGAGUGAAGAGCUGCUCACUCACACUGAGGUGGUGCAACUAUCAAAAAAGAUUAAACUUGGCCUUUGUUUAGAGGAUCACAAGUCAAGACUGAAGGACAGACUGGGAUGUGAGCCUUCAGAUGAGCAAAUUGCAAUUUCCUUGAGAACUUCUCGUGCAGAUUUACAAGCAACAAUAAUGGAGUGUUCCUUGGCACGGGAAAAGCUGGCAAUGAGUAAUAUUCGUCUUGUCAUGUCAAUCGCACAAAGAUAUGAUAAUAUGGGAGCUGAAAUGGCUGAUCUUAUUCAGGGCGGCCUUAUUGGACUACUCCGUGGGAUAGAAAAAUUUGAUCCUUCAAAAGGAUUCAGAAUCUCAACUUAUGUUUAUUGGUGGAUUCGCCAGAAAAAUACUAUUGUGGUGAUCUGUCCUGUAUCUUGCCUGAAAAGAAAGUUUCAUUACCUCUUUGCCUUAUACCAGGGUGUCUCCAAGGCAUUAGCUGAUAACUCAAGAAUGUUAAGAUUGCCAAACCAUGUUCAUGAAAGAUUGAGUCUAAUCCGAAAUGCAAAAAAAAGGCUGGAAGAGAAGGGGAUAACACCAUCACUUGAAAGAAUUGCUGAGUCUCUUAAUAUGUCCCAAAAGAAAGUGCGAAAUGCAACUGAGGCAAUCAGCAGGGUGUACUCUCUUGACAGGGAAGCUUUCCCCUCUUUAAAUGGUCUUCCAGGAGAAACACUUCAUAGUUACAUUGCUGACAAUCACCUAGAAAACAACCCUUGGCAUGGAGUUGAUGAGUGGGCACUCAAGGAUGAAGUAAAGAACCUGAUAUGUACAACAUUGAGGGAACGGGAGGGGGAGAUUAUCCGUCUAUACUAUGGUAUUGUUGACAAUGAAUGUCUUACCUGGGAGGAUAUUAGUCGACGGAUAGGAUUAUCCAGGGAGAGAGUUAGGCAGGUUGGGCUCGUCGCACUAGAGAAACUAAAGCAUGCCGCAAGGAGAAGGAAACUUGAAGCCAUGCUGAUAAAACAAUGAUUUUUGAACAUCUGAGGUAACAGAUGAAAUUCACUGUAAAUAGAGAAAAGGACAAGUGUCGUCUGCAAUUUAGGUUUUUUUUCCGGAUUGAAGAAGAGACUACAGAUUGUAGUUCCUUAAUUAGCAGCAGAGACAUAAAAUAUGUUGCAGAGGUGGGACUGGGACCUCAAAUUGUUGAUGAAGAAUCAAUCAUUGUUUAGCAAAGUGAUUUUGGAUCCUUGACAUACACACGAAGAAAUAUCAUUGUAUAUUGAGGCAGACAGUAAAGAUUAGCAACUGAAUUGGUGAAAAUGGAAUUCUGUAGAUACAAUUUCUCUGCAUACGAAAGUUUUAUUUGCAAAGUCAAA